ACAGUCAAGCCUGGAGCCAUUGUGGUAGACGGCAACUCUUGAUUUUGAAAGUUGGAAACCAUCAUCAAAACGCCAGAGUUUGGACUGUUUGACGUGUAUCAGAAUCGCAAGGUCAAAGAUAGUGACAGACAUUUGAUCAGCCCAUCACAGGCCAAGUGCUGGCCAAGCAGCCAGCAGUAUGACUUCUCCGUCAUACGGCAAGCUGUCCAACUGCACUUUGAUGAAGAUCUGGCUGGUCUUCAUCUUGAGCGUUGGAAUAUUCACCCUGGAACCGGGGCUAGCCAGUUUCAUCCGGUUCAAGGCGGACACAGAAUACGUCUACAACUUCCAGUCAUCAACCGAACUGAAAACUUUUGAAAAACUCCUUGCCGAAUGUAAGAUUGGUUUUUUGGUGGUGAAAAGUCCUGAUACUGAAGUUGGAUUUCAACAAAUCUACCUACGCGUUCACUCGGGUGCCAUUACUAGCAGUAACAACAGAGUUCUUUUGAAAGAGGAGCACGACUAUGAUGGAUGGUUUUCAUUCGAAAUCAGCGAAAAUGGAACGAUUGGUCACGUGCGCUACCCGCGUGGUGAGAGUGAGCACGUGUUAGUUACCAAGAAGGGUAUGGCGAGCCUAUUGGCUGCAAAUCUGCAGCAUCCUCCCGAUGACGAGAAUGAUGGACCUGGUGAGUGGAGCUACGAUUGCAACGAGACGGGUCACGAGGGUCAUCAUGAAUCGUCAUACAAUGCCCGGAUGUCAACGGGUAAUGAUGGCAUCAUCGUCUUCACCAAAACCAGACGAACACACCCGAUACAAUACGGGAAAUCCAAACAUCAAAAGGAGAUUCAUUACCACCCCGGUAUGAAGCUACCGACACUCGUCAAGAUUCUGGAUCACUACGAAGCACCAAGAGAAUCAACAAAAGAGUUUCACGAUCAAUUUAAAGAGAAUACAGUCGACGAAGGGUUCGACCUUCCAGCGAUGCAAACUGUUUCAGAUGGGCAGCUGACAUUCGUGCGUGAGAUAUACUCCCCUUCUCUGGCUCCGCCCACGAAUGGAGAUCUUGUGACUGAUACGAUUCACACAAAUAAGUUUCCAGACGGCCAUUCACUGAUUGAUGACAUUACAACACUGAAGGACAUGGUGUCUGGUAACUUGACUUGCAUGAGGAACGCGCCACUUGAAGGGUCACACGAGCGGAGUCAUUGCUACCAGGACCUCGUACACACCCUGAUGUAUAACAUCGAUGAACGGAAACUUGCUGAGAUUGUCAAACCUUUGUAUCAACUCCCACUCUCCAGACGCCAUCGUGACAAGGAAGACAGGCUCAAUAUGUUAGAUGCUGUAACCGCGUUGGAAACCGACUUCUCACAGUCUCUCCUGGCUGAUCUCAUCCUCCUGUCUCCAAAACCAAAUAAAGACCUUGUGGAGAGACUACUCAUUGCGUCUUCUGGAUUCACUCGAGCUAUAUCAAAGCAUUAUCUGGAAACCUUGGAAGAUAUUGUGUUCAACCCUCAACGUUUUCCAGAGCCAUUACGUCACUCAGAGACACAGCGAGUUGCUAUGAUGGUACUCGGUGCCUUAGCUGGUAACCUGUGGACUGCUGGAUACAAAUCCCAAGCCGAGGCGAUCGUUGUGAAGAUUGAGGACAAACUUGGUGUUCACGAUCCAUGGAGCUACAGUAAAACUGUUACAACUCUUUCCGAGGAUGAACUGGACGAACUCCAUCACAACACGGUAGCGUGUAUUGAAGCUCUCGGCAAUGCUGCCCUCCAUCGUUCCUUUGCUCACAUCCAAAGUUAUACCAACUCGUCCACCACCCAUCCUCUGCUGAAAAGAGCUGGUUUACACUCUAUGAGAGACUACCACCACGACAAGGCUGCAGGUAUCCUCCUCAAGUCAGCACUGGAUGAAGAUGAAGACGAACAUGUUCGAUAUGAGGCAUCAUUGCUUUACAAAGAUCAUCCAAACGGUGUCUACAAACAUGCCUCAAAGUUUGUCAAUCCAGAGGAAUACAUGGGCUCCACCAACUCGUCCGAGUUGAUGUCCACCGAGGGAGCGAGUUCCCCGUCCAGACGGCGAGUACGGCGUGGAUUCUGGGAGGGGUUGCAUUUUAAGUUGCCCAGCCCAGCAUUCCAGUGGAAGAAGCUUAUUGGGAGCCCUAAGACAGGUGCAUUGUUUGGUUUAACUAUCAGAAAUGAGCUCGACAUCAAAAUAGCUCCCCUCAGUGGCCAUCUUCGUUUAGACAUUCUGGACGAGACUUAUGCAACGGUGAUAGUUGGUCUUGUGGAUGAGAAACUGGAUAUCGCAAGAGCACGCUUCUGUUUCAACGGGCACAUUGAGUACAAUUUGAAUAUUCUACAGGAGUUUGGGGUUGAACGCAUCAAAGACCUAGUGAAACUCUAUGAUUUAAUCAUCGGGCAAGUUGUUGGAAACAUCGUGAGGGCGGUAGACAUCGUUGUUGACCUCUUCAAUGGAGAUACCAGUAUCAACAAACUUUUUGAUGACUUCGUUGAGGCACUUGAAAAUAUCCCGAGCCGCAUCAGUGGUAUGCGAUCGGUGGCUGCCAAUGCUGUUGCUAGACUCUCGCAGUUUGAUCCGGAUCAACUCCCGCCCUCAAUCCGUGGCGUGAUCAAAGUGGUCAACGAUGCAGCUCAAUUAUUCAGUGAUAUAAAGACAGACGUCAUGGAGUUCUACCAGGCUAUCAGUGAGGCUAUCACUGUGACCUUACCCUGGGCAGCCGAACAAAUUAUGCGGUCCAUAACCAGUAUUUCUAAUACCAUCGGAGAUUUACUUAAGUCACCACUGAAGGCUAUUGGAGACAUAUUUAAGGGAGUUAUCAAUAUCAAAACAGCCGUUGAUGCAAUAGUUGAGGCUAAGAAAGAGGUGGAGAGAGCAAGCUUCUUCAAUGAGGGUCAAAGACCGUACUGGUUUGAUCUACCCAAAGUCAUUGGCGACAUGAUCGAAGAAUUGGCCAUGCAUCUUGGAAACAUCAAGAGAGAUCUCAAAGUGUGGGUUGAUGAGGUUCAGAGUGCUGAUGAUCCCAUCAAGAAGCUGACUGGGGGCGCCCUUGACUCGCACACCCUGAGGACUCAAGUAAAGGCAGAGAUCGAGUCAAUCUUGAUGGAUCUGAUGGAACCAUUUGAACCAAUCAAAGAACUCCUGGCUCCAUUCUUUGAGAUCUACGACCUCGUCUUUAACAGCAUCAAGGCAGUCAAGAAGGCUUACCAGACUCUCAAAGAUUCAUACCAGAAGUCCCUAUCUCUUGUAAUGAAGCUAUUCGGUCCGAAAGCCCACGAGGAGUUUCCGAGGAAGUACCGUUCACCGGGGUCCGGAGAGUGCGCCUCGGGUGGGUUCUAUCCAACUGACUCGGCUGGAUACUACGAGGAUCAGGGCGUCGAUCUGGAGAUGCCUCAAGGAGCAAAGUUGGUGGCGCCCUUUUCUGGUGAGAUCUACAGAACCCUCGGGAAGCCAAACCAGGUCACCCUUGAAGCGAAAGGAGGUUCAUUCCGAGACAUUAAGAUAUUCAUUGAUAACAUUAUACCCAACAACACACUAUCAGAAACGCAAUCAACGAGUGUUAUUGCCGGUACUGAGAUUGGCAGAGUAGGAAGUGCCACAGCGUGUGCACCACCUAACUACAUUCAUUUAUCAAUGACGAAAAACAAACCAGACCGUCUAGCUUCAAUUCUAGACAGUGCUCUUAACGACGACCCGACCGCUACGGACUUAGCAGCAAAAAAAGGUUACGUCGAUCCCAGUAACUACCUGGCUAAACGACCAUUGAAGAUACCGAAAUGGAUACAAGAAUGUGACGAUUACAAACUAGUUUGGAUGGGCAAAACUGUGAAGGCAGGAUCUUUACUUGGAAGCAACAAUAGGGAGGGUGAAAUGAUAGACACGAGUCCAAAUCUGGGAGCUCCCCCAUCAACCUCAACAGAAAUGCCCGAUCCAGCGAAGCAACCGCCCCCACGGCAUUCAGCUCUUGGACAGGCUGUCACACCGAGUAGUCGGGAUGAAACCCAAGAGGCCCUCGGCCUUCCACAGCCCAAAAUCGGCUCUGGAUCACCCUUCAAGAAUUUCACUCUUCGGAACCUGAAGAUAAGCUCCAUCUUAGCAUUUGCCCGCAAGCUCCAUCUGGAGGAUACAGCAGACGAACUGCUUAAAGUUGUCAAGACGAUAGUCAAACUUGUGAGCGACAAGCCGUGUGUUCUUCCCGAGUCUAUGACCAACGAUGCUUUAAGGAUUGAGCUUCAACAGAGAGGUCUGAGCUCACAAGGAGAGAGGAAGAUGCUCCUCAAGCGAUACAAAGAACCCGAAGACCGUUGUCCUCUACUUCAGGUCUCCCUACCUAAGAAUGUAUACUGUAAGAUUGAUGAGAGCUGCCUGGGUGUAGAAUGUUGUAUGAACAUUAAACUCUUCAUGGUGUCUCUGGCUUUCAAGGCAUUCAUGAGAUUUGAUCCCAGUGAGUUUCAGUUCAUCAUUGGUGUCAACUCGUGGAACUACACUGUUCAAAUCCUGACGGCAGAGUGGGGGAAACAAUGGGAGGUUCCAGUCCCCUUUGAUGUACCUUUUGUUGAUGACAUGAAACUUCAUCUUAGGUUCAGCGUUGAAAAGACAAGAACUCAACUUCUUGUCAGCAUGAGCGUGGGUUUCUGCCCUGAGAGUGGGGACGCAGAGUGCCUGGAAUUCCUCGAUGUGCUUCAAGAUUCCGCUGUACCACUUCCCAUCUACAACCCUGAUGGCACAUUCACUUGGCCAGAAAUUGACGUCGAGGAGUAUUUCAGCCGUGGCAAGUUGAAGAAGUUUGUCAAAAAAACUGGAGAGGAGUUUCUUCGGGCAGGAACAGAUGCAGCGAUUGAUUAUGUUCUGAGAGAGAUUGGCUUGGACAGAAAACUUCUGGAUGGAAAAGAACCUCGUCCAACACCAGCCAGUUUGAGCGACCCUCAGCUCAUCGGUGCACUUGAAGGCAGGAAUCUGAAAACAACAGGAAGUAGAGCUGAGAAAGAAAAUAGGCUCUCUCGGGAUGAACGUAGUUGUGAAACAUUUACUCUACCAGCAUUCUCCGGAAAGGUCGCCGAGAUUGCCUACUGCUCAAUCAGUGAGAACUGCCUCCGUAUUGACUGCUGUCUAGAACUGAACAUCAAAGUUUUAAAGUUCAAGUUCAGCCGCUCCUUCGAAGCAUUCAUUGACGUCAAUGCGUGUGAUUUCUCGAUUACAAUUGCCUUUCAGCAUUUGCGGUACACCAAGUUGCUGUUGAGUUACGAUUGGGGCGAUGUGAAGCAACAGCAGAUCGGACCAUUUACACUGAGAUACACAAUCGAUAAACUGGAUGAUGCAAAGCAGCUCAAGAUUGACUUCGGAGCAUCGGUUUGCCCCAUCAACGGGGAGGAGUGCAUCUUUGACAUUGACAUCAUUCAGGACUACAGAGUGCCGAUUCCAUUCUGCAACUCCGACUUUUCACUUUCUCUGCCAGGGAAGAAUAGCCUGACUGAUUUUAUUACUCAAGUUGGUCGAAAUGCCGGUCAGCAAGCCAUCAACAUUCUCCUACAGUUUAUUGGUCUGAGAGAUAAGAUUGACGAUGGACCCUGUGCCUCCACAACUCAGGAUGUGUGCACUGACGUAACUCUCCCUCGUCUUCCAAGCACAUUGACCUGUGACCUUUACGAUCGCUGCCUCGGUGUGCGAUGCUGUGUUGAUCUGGAUCUUCAAAUCACUGUGUUAUCAAGUAAUGUAUGGCUGGAACUUGAUCCAUGCGAGUUUUCACUAUCCAUGGGAUUUGGAAAGUGGUCCAUAACCUUCAAGAUAUUCGACUACCACUGGGGCACCCAAGAGGAGCUAAAGAUCGGCAAGGCCUUGACCCUGAUUUACACCAUCAACAAAUUGACCGAAGACAAGGUGUUUGUGUUGGACCUGGCUCUGUCUCUUUGUCUUCCCGAUUCGAGUUGUGAUAUAGCGCCCUCUAUUGACAUCUUGAAAGGAACGCGUGUACCUAUUCCGUUAUGCAAUGAGAACGCAACAUUCGCCCUUCCAGGUGAUGGGACUGUGUCAGACUUCGUGAAGAUGAUGGGACAGAAUGUAGCCGAGUCGGGUAUCGAUGCUGUGCUCACCGCUCUUGGCCUGUCAAAGUUCAUUGGUCAGGAGCCAUGUGUUCGCCCGCAGGUCACACAGAAUGGAUGGCAUAAAGUUUGUCCUAGAGAUGUCAGACUUCCACAUUUACCAAGACACCUCAUCUGCACUCUUCCAGAGAAGUGCAUGGGGUUCGAUUGCUGUUUCGAGCUUCCAAUUCCUGGACUGACCCCAAUCAGCACCAAUGUCUCCUUCAUAUUUGAUCCUUGUAACUAUAAGUUGUCACUCUGUCUGGGAAGCUGGAGUAAAGACCUACACAUCCUCUCCUAUCAGUGGGGUCAACAAGAAGAGGUCACCAUUGGCAAGGCAGUGUCUUUCAGUCUAACCAUUGACAAGGUCGAGGAAUCCUUCCAGAUCAACUUGGAUAUGACCUUCUGCCUGGACGGUGACUGCACUCCAAUCCCGAUCCUCAGUGAUGCCAUCAUCCCCAUACCAUUCUGUAAUCCCAAUGCCACCUUUGAGCUUCCUGGUGAUGGAAGCUUUGCUGCACUAGCAAAGGACCUCGGAGGCAACGUCGGCGAGUUGGCGAUCCAGGCUGGUCUACGUAAACUUGGAAUUCAGGAAUUUGCCAUUAAUCAGCAGUGUGACCUGACGAUACUUGCUCGCGCCGAAAACAAAUGCCCACUGAUGAAUAAACCACCUUCAACGAACAUACUGACCUGCACAGUAGACGACCAGUGUCUUGGUAUCCAUUGCUGCGCCUCCUUGGAUCUUAUCUUCACUCGACUAUCUACCACAGCUUGGGCCGUUCUAGACCCUUGCGAAUUCGAGCUGUCUGUUGGUUUUGGAUCUUGGACUAAAAGCUUGACUCUCUUCGAAUAUGACUGGGGUGUGGAAAAAACAGUUGACAUUAGUGAUGCUGUUCAUUUAGAGUUCACAGUUGACAAGCUGACAGCGCAGAAAGAAUUCCUGAUCGACCUCUCGGUGUCCCUGUGCAUAGAUGGCACCUGCACACCGAUCAACCUGUUACAGGGAGCCCAUGUACCCAUCCCGAUCUGUAACACAAAUGCUACCUUCUCCCUACCAGGCGACGGUUCAAUCGCUGGGUACCUGGACACUUUAGCAGGGGAAAUAACUGAUGUAGCUGUGGACUUGGUGCUUGACACUCUGGGGCUGAAGAAUUUCAUACAAACGGACUCAUGUGGUCUUCCUCCAGCAACUAGUGAUGACGGUUGUCCAGUUCAGUUUCCCACUGGCCGACCCACAGUUUCCUGCCGUAUAAACAGCCAUUGCACAAGUCUGCACUGCUGUCUCAAUUUAGACCUCAAAGUAACCCAGCUCAGCUCUAAGGCUUGGCUGGAUAUCGACCCUUGUGACUUCAAACUAUCAAUAGGAAUGGGGAUGUGGUACUUCAACAUCUCACUGUUCUCGUAUGAGUGGGGGAAGAUGGAAAGAUUCUCUAUUGGACGAGCGAUAAAUGUGGAAUUUUCCAUUGAAAAACUGGAUGCCUUAAAGGAGUACGAGAUCGAUCUUGCAUUCUCUCUCCAAGUCGAUGACGAGACUACGGACUUCCCCCUCAUGGAGGCAAAGAGAAUCCCUAUUCCUAUCUGUAACAACAACUUCUCCUUGGCUCUACCUGGUGACGGGUCUGUACGGGGAUUCUUAGAGGAGCUUGGAGACACUGUGGGACAGUCGGCAAUUGAUUUGGUUUUGAGAAAGUUGAAUUUAUAUGAUGUUGUAAUUGGGGGAUCGUGUGAAAUACCAUCAGAAUCGGCAAACAAUGCACUAGCUUGCCCAAUGAUCUCCCUCCCCACCUUGGCGAACAUCAUCCAGUGUUCAAUCGAUGACCACUGUCUUGGCAUUCAGUGCUGUGUAAACUUGAACUUUAUCAUCACCACACUCAUGCUCCAUGCUAGGAUCAAAGUGGACCCAUGUCACUUCCAGCUUCAUGUGAACUUUGAAAGAUGGGAACGUAACUUUACUCUGUUCAGUUACACUUGGGGAAAAGUGGAAAGGGAACCAAUCGGUGAUGUUGUGACUUUAAGCUAUUCAGUUGAUAAGCUAACGGAGAAGAAGGUAUUUUCUGUUACACUUGAUGUUGAACUGUGCAUUGACAACGCAUGCGUGACAACCUCCAUCUUGGAUCAUGUCUGGGUCCCAAUACCCAUCUGUAAUAUCAACGCUGUUACAUUCACCCUGCCAGGUGAUGGUACGGUAGCUGGAUUUAUCAAGGACCUCGGAGGUCGUAUUGGAGAUUCAGCAGUUGACUUAGUUCUGGAGAAAUAUGGAUUGAAUCAAUUUCUCCAGAUUGAACAGUGCGAGAGAGGAACACCGUACACCUUAAAAAGCAGUUGUCCAGGGGUCGACCUCGAACAACUUCCUGAUUUCCUCUCAUGUUCCCUCACCGAGUCCUGUCUUGGCAUUACAUGCUGUCUGGAGAUGGACUUUAAGAUCGUGACACGUACAGUCAAUGCAUGGCUCAUCUUGGAUCCCUGCAACUUCAACCUGUCCAUCGGCUUUGGGAACUGGGAGCAAAGUAUCACCUUAUUCCACUAUGCUAUGGGUGACUACAGGGAGGAAGUUAUUAACAGUGUGCUGAGUGUAAGGUGGCGUGUCGACAAGUUAACUGUAGAGAAGCAGUUUGAGUUGUAUUUACAGCUGGUCUUCUGUUUGGAUGGGUCAUGUAACACUGUGACUGUGUUUGAGGGUAGCCGUAUUCUGAUACCGCUGUGUAACACUGAAGAUUCAUUUGUUCUUCCCGGAGAUGGCACAGUAUCGGGAUUUCUUGAAUAUCUUGGCGGCAAUAUCGGACAAUUUGCUAUCGAUGCAGCAAUCCGACACCUGAAUCUAGGCAGCUUCCUAUCAGGGAAGGCAUGCUCUAAUUACAGACAGGAUGUUUGUUCAAGUGCAACUGGUAUCCUUGGCGACUGCUCAAUCGUUGGGGAAUUCUGCACAGAGCUCAGAUGUUGCCUCGACUUGGAUCUGAAGAUAGCUGAUGUCUCGGCCUCAGCGUGGUUUAAGUUUGACCCCUGUGACCUCACCUUCACUUUAGGUCUGGAGACUUGGAUGUUUCAUGGAUCGGUCUUUACAUAUGAGUGGGGUGGAGAGACAAUGGUUUCAAUUGCUCCUGGAUUGAAUCUUAAAUAUUCAAUCACCAAACUCGAUGAGUCCAUGGAGUUGCAAGUAGACCUGACUCUAGAGUUCUGCGUCGAUGAACUUUGUACCGACAUCGAUAUUGUGCAGACCAUACCUAUCCCACUUUGCAAUCAAGACUUCAGCAGUUAUACAUUCUCGGUUGAUGGUUUCCUACAAACAGUGUCCGGACAAAUCGUACAGGGAGUAACUGAGUUACUCUUAAAUCAACUAGGCAUCGACCCUGACUUCUUCAAUGGUGAUCCGUGUGUACAACCGAAGAGUAUCCAGUCUUACCGAAAUUGUCCAAACAUGCAGCUUCCUGGUAACCUCGACUCGAGUGUACAAUGUGAAAUCCUGGAGUCCUGUUUUGGAAUAAAGUGCUGUCUUGACGUGAACCUCGGACCACUCAAUCACAGCUUCAGUGCCUCAAUGGUGGUUGACCCUUGCCUUGGUCAGCUGAAGCUGCAGUUUGGUAACUGGAAGUACAGUAAAUCACUGUCACAGUUGGACAUUGGUGUCGAUAAGGAGGUCACCAUCGGAAACUUUGUAUCGCUCAUAUUCAAGUUGGAACUUUUUGAUGGUAAUAUAUCAUCAAGUCUGUAUAUGGAUGUAUGUGUGGGUGAUGUCUGCACGGGUCGAAUCGUUCUACUGGAUGAAUCAAUAUCUCCACUUCCUCAGUGCUAUUCCAAUGGAUCGAUCUCAUGGAGAAAGUUACCGGAACUGACUUCGAUUUCACAACUUGGCAAUUUUGAAAUUGGAUUAGACGUUCUUGCGCAAGCUUUGGGACUGCCAACACGUCUACUAUCGGAUUUGUCAUGUGUUGUCUUUCAUACGAGUGGCUUCACAGUGUGUCCCCAUCUGCCUGUACUACCCGUUCUUCCAUCAGGUGGAGUUUGCCAGUAUGCUGAUACAUGCCUUGGGGUAGAGUGUUGUUUAUCAGCAGACAUAGGCAGCACGACUCAGACUUUACGGGCGUGGUUGACUGUAGACCCAUGUGAACUGACUGCGAGUGUAGGCUUUGAAAACUGGAGUUUCAAUAUUACACUCUUAAGUUACAAGUGGGGCAAGCAGAUCAGAGAAUCACUAAGUGAUGUUGUCUCGAUUUCAUUCACCAUUGACAAGACAUCAAACAAUCGGAACUUUGUGCUGUCACUCUCUGUUAAAUUCUGCAUCGCUGAGUUAUGUGCUCCUGACAUUAUCAUCUUAGAUGGCUUCGUGGCACCGAUUCCUUUCUGUAAUGCAACGGGGACUCUGGAGUGGCCUCAGGAUCUUGGUGGUAGUGUUACAGAUUAUGCGAGCAGUCUGGUGGUUAACCGCCUGGGUGUUAGCACAGAUGUCCUUCUACCUCAGUCAUGUAGUGGUCCACCAGAACAGAUUACAUCUACGAUCUCAGGUUGUGGUUCGCUCUCCGUUCCGUCCUCCAUUGCGUCUUAUUGUUCUCUGGAUGAAUCGUGUCUCGGGGUUGGUUGCUGCUUGACCCUUGACCUGGACAUAGUUCAAAGGUCAUUCUCAGUGUGGGUGAAACUCGAUGUAUGUGCCGGUAGAUUCACCUUUGGUUUUGAGGAAUGGAGUCACAGUGAAGUGUUAAACAUAGCAACAUUGCAAACAUAUUCCCAGGAGAAAAAUAUCGGAAACGUUAAAAUCAGAUAUAAUAUAGAGCGCCCCCAUGAGUCCGUCUAUGAUGUUGACCUUGACCUCGCUGUGUGCUGGCAAGGGAGAUGCACUGAUCCCAUUGUGGUUCUUCAAGACACGUUGUUCUCUGCUUCACAAUGUGGCCAGGAAGGAAGCAGUAGCAGGAGGAGGAGAAGAAGUGUUGACGAUCUAACCAAUGAUACAGGAGAGAAUGGGAGCAUCUUGGAAGAUUUCGUCGCCAGCCCAGCUGAUAGGGUUAUUCAAUAUUUCAGGAAAAUUCUUCAGUCAGAUUCGCCAACACUUCCAUCAGAAGAGAACAUUAUGACGAGACUUCAGCCAGAAAAAGAUGUACCGCCAAGGGUAGCUGGAUCUGGUACUGAAAGUCGUCGAGCUUUGGGCACCUUGAUAUUUGGGAACGAGGACAAUACGCCAGUUCCAUCAAGAAAAAGGAGAGACUUAUCCGUUGCAGUAACAUCUGGUGGGGCUAGUUUGUUUGACCUCAACUUGACCCCUGGAGCCGACUCGGGCGCCUGGCAGGGUGAUACGAUCAUUGGCGGUGGACUAACAUUGAAAGGUCUUGAUGCUCUCGGUAAUCGGAUUGCGAACAUGACGAUUGGGGAGCUAGAGGCAAUGCUGGAUCUGCAAAACAUCGACCUUUUUACUGUCGUUCAACUCAUGAAAGAUCUGCGAUCUCUUUAUCGAACCUUUAUCAGCGAAUUCAUUGAUGUAAUUAUGAACGGUAAUGCACAUGAUGCGUUCAAUCAAUUUGACAUCGUUCUGAGUGGGGUGAUUCCAUUUCCAAGAAGGGAAUUAGUUUUCUUUCAACAUGAAUGGGAAACUUCAGUUGGUGGAAUCAUCAUGUUAAGAUUUAGAAUCGAAGCUGGUGGGUUUUUCGACUUGAAGAUACCCGUGUCAGUUGCCCUCGUGUCAAUGAAAGCCAAGGGUGGUAUAACACCAAUGGUUGGUUGCUACGUUAGUGCAAGUGUUUCAAUCGGCUUCAUAUUGUAUGGCGAGCUGGAACUCAAGGCAGACGUCCUACACACAAGCUUUCCUACAACUGCAGAAUUAAUCUUUAGUAAAUUCCCGCUGGAUGUUGGACUCAGAUUGGACAUAGUGAUGAUCCCCUUAAUAAUCCGUCUGUCAGGUAAAGUCACACUGAGUAUCCCUUUCUUCGGUAUAAAGAAGACGCUCUACAAGAAGGAUCUGUGGCGCUACCAAGCCAACCCUAUCCAUUCAAAUAUUUUCAAUACUCGCACCAAAGAGCCUGAUGAGUCUCCGCCAGAGAUUAUGGUCUACUCCACACCUGUUGAGGACCCCCACUCCGGAAAGAGGUCAGUAAACAUUGCAGAGCCAACCAGCCAUUGCAGCGUUGAGCAGGUGCCUGGUCUAGACUACACAGAGCCCGCCUUUCAACUUGAGGUGGUCGCUGCUGAUGACAAGAGUCUAGUGACGUUUUUCUAUCAGGUUGGGACGGUACCUGGAGGGAGUGACGUACUCCCUGAGACAGAAUAUGGAGGACCAUCAGCCAUCAUUUCACAGACCCUACUCGGUGGCCACCCACUUCACUUCACUGUCUACGCCAUGAACAACGGUGGAGGUACCUCAACCGCAACCUGCAGCCUGCCGACCUUUGACGUCACCCUCCCAACGGGUCGUAUUACUCCUGACUUCACUUCCACCAGUCACCCACACAUCCUUCGUGCCUCAGCAGUGGUGUAUGAUGACUCUGUCAUUUUGAUGCAGAAAGAAGGAGUUGGGUUUGGACCCGAGAUCUGGGGUGAUCAGAUUGUACCCUGGCACACGAUUGACGUCACAGAGCGAGAACAACUUGGAACCUCAAUCAACGACUUUCACUAUUUUACCACCGCCAAGAAAGGACGCCUCAUCUCAACACCAACAUCAACCAUCACUCACAUUAAUCCUAACUUCUGUGCCCGUGACUGCCUCGCUCUUCCAGAGACAAAGUGUCUAAGUAUCAACUAUGACUACGAUUCCAAGAUGUGUGAACUCCUUGAAGAGAUCGAGGGCCAUGGGGUCGAAGUUCAUGAGUUUGACAAGUUCACUCAUUAUGAGCGUCUCGGUAUUGGACACGCUGUUGAGUUUAACCACGAGUCCCUCCUGCUCGAUCACAACAACAUCUACUACUUCAACAUUGAGCUCCUGAACUAUGUAGCGUAUGAGAACAUCGUGUCAUCUGUGGGUAUCGUGGCAGACUUUACAGCUCCAGAGCCUGGUUUGAUCGGCAAUGCAUCGAGGGACGAGGUGGUACAUGAGUCGUGUGUUCAGUUUACUCCUGAUGAAUGGGAGAGACGAUGUAUUGAGGAAACACCUCUUGAUAAUCAUAGAUACAUUAUCGAUGGGCCUGGUUCAAUGACUGUCUUCAAUGGUGAGAUGGAAUUGGUGGACAUGCUGUAUACAAGAAGCAAUGGCUACAUGGCAGCAAACUGGGAUGGUAUCCAUGAUAACGAGACUGGUAUCCAUGGCUACACUUGGUCCAUUGGUUACAACGUGUGUAAUGAUGACGUCAGCAGCCAUAUAGAUCCUCAUGCACACCUGUUUGAUGAAUCACAAUGGCACCACCAGGGACUGGUAGUCAACGUCAAUCUUCCAGAUGGUGCCUAUUUUAUCAGCGUACGUGCACUCAAUAAGGUGGAGUUUGGCGGCCCGAUGGCACUGACUGUAUGCCACAGCAUGCCCCUCAUCAUUGAUAACACUCCGCCAAUAAUUGACAGCAUUAGUAACAUCACUUAUGAAUCAUCGAUUGGAAGAAUUGCAUUGCAAGUUAACGCAAGCGAUCCUGAUUCUCAUCUGUUUGAGUACCACGUGGCAGCCGGAAGAUCACCGAGGGAUAUAUCUCUGCAUGACUGGGAAGCCCUCGCUGUUACUCAACAACUCAUCAUCGACUUCAAGAUUCCAAAUGGCAUACCAUGCUGGCUGAUCGUCAGAGCUGUCAAUAAUGUUGACCUUCGAACUGUAGAGCAUGCUGAUGAACCAUUAUUAGUUGAUGACACGCCACCAAUUGCUGGAGACUUACUCGACGGACCCUAUGCAGGACGAGAUCUUGUUUUCACUAAAGAUAGGAAUGAGAUUUGUGGAAACUGGUACAACUGGUUUGAUCCCGAAUCUGGAAUUUCCUCGUACCUUUGGGCCGUUGGAACCCAACCUCUAACGAGCAACGUCGUGAACUUUGUCAAAGUGUCUCGCCGAGAGCAUGGGACCUGCUCCGGGUAUGUCACCCUCCAGCACGGCGAGACCUACUACUCAACGCUUGUAGCAUUCCACGGUGGUUAUGAUAAGUUGAAUGUCUCGGCUUCAUCAAAUGGAGUGACUGUUGAUCUAACUCCACCCGUCCAAGGAAGCGUCUACGACGGCCUCCUUCCAGGCCCAACGGACCUGGAAUUCUCUUCCAAACCAGCCACAGUGUCGGCUCAGUGGCAGGGAUUCUCUGAUCCUGAGUCUGGUAUCGAAGACUACCAAGUCACAGUCUACCGUAAACAUAGUGACAGUGAAAAUGCAACCAAUGACUUUGAGGUUAUCCAUGAAGCCGAGUCAGUUGGUAAUGACGUCUCUUUAAUCGAGUGGCAUCAUUUCCAUCUACACCACAAGGAUCAGGUGUACGUCAAUCUACGUACAAUCAACCAGGCUGUCAAUCACAUUGAUACUCCAACCAAUGGAUUCCUGGUGGAUUUGACUCCUCCUAUGCUACGAUCCCUUGGAGACGGGCUUGUUGUUGGACAGGAUGCAGACUUCCAGACACACAGUGAUAGCCUUGCUGUUCACUGGAGCUACUUUGAUGACGAAUCCGGCAUUGCUUUGUUUGAGUUGGCUAUCUACGAAAUGAGACAUGGUAAAAAACGAAAGAUUUUCCCAGCAGACUUGGAUCCAAAUAGCUUUGAGCCGUUAUUAGACGUUACUACCGAAUCCCACGUGCAAAGUGGAUUGUCACUUCGUGCAGGUGCCAUCUAUAUCACACGAAUCAAGGCACGAAACCAGGCUAAACUGAUAGCAUCACAUGAGACGAGUGGUAUCAGGGUAGACCCUACCCCACCUGUGAUGAGAUACGUACGAGGUGGGAAUCUUGAUGGAGGGGCUGAAGAAGUUAUCAAUGGAUUCUUAAUCCAGAACAGCCUCUCUACCAUUAAGGCAUCUUGGCUUGGAGUUGAUGGUCAAAGCGGUAUUAAGAACUACUGGGUCGCAGUUGGAACAGCUUCAAAUGCUGAAGACAUCAAACAGUUCACAGCCCUAGGGCCAACAAGGAAUGGUGUCCUGCUGAACCUUGACCUCCAACUCACUGACCAAUCAACGUGUAAUGAUGAAGAGUUUACUGCGAACUGCCGCCCUGUCUAUUACGUAUGCGUGAAAGGCGAGAAUGGUGCGGGUGCGUUCAGUGACGUCUAUUGCUCCUCGCCAAUCAGAAUCGUAGAAGAGGAUCAGACAGGUUAUAUAACAGACGGACCAACCAUGUUUCAAGAUACAGACUAUCAGCAUGAGAGAACAACUGUUACUAUUUGGUUCGAUAAUUUUGAGAGCCAGUUGCAUGGUAUAUCUUCCUAUGAGUGGGCAGUCGGUACGACCCCUGGAGGAGAGGACAUUCAACCGUUGACCUCAGAUGGAGUAGUGCCCGGAAGUGACCCUGAUGUACCAGGUCUUGCUGGCCAGGGUAAGGCACAGUCUCCACUUCCUCUCCAGCAUGGUGUGACGUAUUACAGCACUGUCCGUGCCAUCACCAAUGGUGACAGUGUCUUAGAAACUGUCUCCAAUGGUUUUACAGUAGAUGUUACACCGCCAAACAUUAACAUCACUGACUUUGGUCAAUAUGAUACAACUGUUGAUUUGGGCUUUGGUGGUGUCAAACUCUAUCAAUUCACCGAUGAUUUUAUCGAUGCCAAGUGGAAUGUGGAAGACUCAGAAAGUAACCUCAUUGCAACAUACUUUUCCGUGGGACAGUAUGCAGGAGCUAGUGAUGUGUUUCUUCAGACACAAACUAAAAAAUCAUACGUUCCGUCGGGUUUGGUAACCCCUGCGUACAAAGGUUUGCCGAAUAUUCUGACUGUCCAUGCCAUCAACAGUGUUGGACUGAAGCAAACAGUUUAUACUACCAGUUUAACUGUAGAUACCACACCGCCAGGUGCUGGUCAGGUCAUGUGCCCAUCUUUCUUACACGCAAACAGCGCCCUCAAGUGCAGCUGGACUGAUUUCCUGGAUGGCGAGUCAGGAAUUGAGUCUGUAAGGUUUCGUGUCGGGACUGCAGAGGGUCUGAAUGAUGUGUUUAUGUCGGACAAAUUACCUGGCUAUAUGACGCACUACAGUGCCACAGAUUUAGACUUGAUGCAUAACAAACUGUACUAUGUCACCAUUGAGGCUUUUAACGCAGUCAGCCAAAGUACAUUCGCCUUCUCUGAACCCAUUGAAAUCGAUGACACCCCGCCCUCACAUGGUGUUGUGGUGGAACUUCCUGGUGUUCAUAAAUUGAGCCAGAACGAUCUAGAGAGGCAGCCAAGCUGGGAUUGCAGUAACAUGGAUAACUGCUUAGAGCUGGAUGGAGAGUGUUUGGAGUCCAUCACCCAGAUUCAGAUCCUCUGGGAACCCUUCAAAGAUGAAGAUACUCGGAUCUCUAAAUAUGAAGUAGCAUUAGGCACCACACCGGGAGGAACUCAGAUCAAAUCGUUCUAUGAGGUGGAUAGGUACCAGACUUCAGAGCUUAUAACCAAUCUUGAUUUAAGUGAUGUGCGAAGAGUCUAUGCGUCAGUGAGAGGGUACAAUAAAGCUGGUUUGACCAGCACGGCAGUCUCAAAUGGCAUCUUCGUCAGUCGAUUUAGUGCAGGACUUCAGCCGCUAAGACCUUUCACAAUCAAAGAUGGAGUCACUUCUAAUGACCUCAAAGACCGGGACUUUCAGACAUCUUUGAAUGAACUAAGUGCUUCUUGGGACUUCAGUGGAGACCCUUGUCCAAUCAGGGAGUACGAGUGGGCUAUUUAUAGAAUUGACGAAGUGGAAAUUCAGCCGUUGACAGAUGUGGGAGACCGUACUUCAGGUACAAACACAUUCAUUGAAAUGAUGGACGGCGAGACCUACUACACCGUGGUGCGGGCAACCAACGCUCUGAACAUACCCAUCACACUCCGCUCUGAUGGAAUCACCGUGAAACGAGACCCACUGAUACCUGGUCAAGUUUACGAUGGUCUCCUUGCAGGCUUUGAUCUAACCUACCAGAAAGAAACUGACACCAUAUCGGCAAGCUGGAGUGGCUUUGGUCAAGGAAUGCCCAUACAGGAGACUGUUGAAUAUACAGGGAAUGCUGAGAUGAUCAAAGACCAUGUUACAGAACAGGCUGUUGACUAUUACGAGGUUGCAGUGGGCACCGAUCGUCGCUACCCAAAGACUAGAGACAACACAGUACCCUUCACUAAUGUUGGUCAGAACACAUCGGUCACCUUCAAUAACCUUGAUCUACAGGCUGCUACGUACUAUGUGACGGUCAAAGGUCAUAGUGCAAGCUUCUCUGCUGCUGAGGUCACGUCAAGUGGGAUAACUGCUGGUGUGGAUAGUGAAGUUUUUGCUACGGAGGUUAAAAUGCCAGAGUUCGUCAAUUCACUCUCCGAAGUCAAACUCCAAUGGGAAGAAUUCGACUCGACCUUCCCCAUCCUACUCUACUAUGUCGGCCUGGGCAAUGCCGCUUCGGCUACUGUGUCACCAGAGAACAUGGACUGUUUGGACAUGCUUCUAGCAACGGAUGAAGCCAAGACUACGUUUAAUGAAAGAAAGAUGCAUUUUAUUGGCAAGGAUACCUAUCAGGAGAUCAAAGGACUGAGUCUUGAGCAAGAAGGUUCAUACUUCGUGACGGUUCUUGGAAUGAACGAAGGAGGGCAGUGUAACUCUUCUACUAGUCACUUCUCGGUUGAUAUUACUCCGCCCAUUGAGGGGCGCCUUCGUGCUGGACCUUUCUAUGGCAUGCUGGUGACUUACACAGCAAGCACCGAGUCCAUUCAUGCGGUAUGGGAGGACUACAUAGAUGAAGAAAGUGGAAUUAAAUCCUUCAAUAUCCGUCUUCUAGAGGCUGCCUCUUGUAGAGUGGAAGACAGCGGUAACCUAACUUCAGUUCCUGGUCAGGAAUGGAUGGUUCUUGGCCCGGGUAUCUCAGAGUUUACGUAUGUAGAGUUGAGUUUAGUGACCAACCACCCGUAUUUUGUUGAGCUAAAAGCCGUGAACCGUGCAGGGGAUGGCACUGCAACCAAAGUAGGACCAAUCUUUGUGGAUCUAUCACAGCCCAGUUCUGGAUUGGUUGUGGAUGGAGACGACUUCAUGAUGGACCUGACUGAUGCGUAUAGUAGAAGCCAAGUCACUGGAACAAUCUUACACCAGCCAAACCCAGAAGGUCCACCCUGCCCUCUGACAGAUACUUCGUUCACUGAUCCAAAGUGGCAGGCCUUGGAUUUCAACGGACUAUGGAACAUGAGGAUUGACAACUGGGAUAUAGAGUACCACAAUCAACAGAUAUCUGCAUCGGAUGAAAGUGUGUUUCUGAAGAUGGAGCGAGAUACACGGGAACCUCGUAUGCUCUCCGGAGCGUAUGUCAUAAAUGCACAAAUUGUCCGGAGCUCUGAAUACGAGUUUGAUCUGAUGGCUGCAUCAUCAGACCUUCAUAGCGUCACAAGUAUUUUGUUCUGGGAUGGUCCAGACAGAGUGGUCGGAGAGUACGACUUUGGUGGAGCUGAGAAUUGGCAAGAAGGGAUAUGCCAGUGUUGUUAUGCAAUACCCUUCAAUCAGUCUGAUUGCCCUGAUUGUAACUGCAAAGAUUUCCUGGGAAUAGACGAUUCAACCUCUGCUUACUCGUCAGUUAACAGCACAACAAUUGAUUUGGUGACUACAGAAACGGCAGACAUAACCACUGCUGAUGAAGCGGCAGACAUGACCACUGCUGAUGAAGCGGCAGACAUGACCACUGCUGAUGAAGCGGCAGACAUGACCACUGCUGAUGAAGCGGCAGACAUGACCACUGCUGAUGAAGCGGCAGACAUGACCACUGCUGAUGAAGCGGCAGACAUGACCACUGCUGAUGAAGCGACAGACAUGACCACUGCUGAUGAAGCGGCAGACAUGACCACUGCUGAUGAAGCGGCAGACAUGACCACUGUGAACUCAACUCAAGUUCACACGAAAGAAGUUAAAAAUGUGACACGAAAACUGUGGACCAUUCGUAAGAAAGAUGCAGUUGGUGACGGCAUUUCUGAUGAAGUUGGCGGCAGAUGGACUAAACAGAGAGCAUGUGGUCUGCAACUGCAUCCAAAUGGCAACGCAUCACAGUUAGUGUUGUGGUGUCGCCAUUUUGAAGAUGAAUGGCCGAUGACGUCACAGUCUGUAGAUCUUGACUUUGACCCAUCCAUGGAGGAACACCACUACUCUAUUCACUUCAGUGUCAUGCCACUUGAUGCAAAAGAGGACGAGUGGUCAUUUAAUGUGUACAUCGAUGGCAAUCUUCUCUCUUCUUUGACCGGUAUCCCUGUCAUGUCUUCAUCCACCAAACUCAUCCUUCAUGUCUUCAACAAAGAUAACUAUGUGGCUGAUCUAGAUGACGCCUUCAACCCACCUACUGCUACAACAACCAUCAAAAAUCUAAUGAUGCCUCCAGAUGCUAGUAGGCUCUGCCGUUAUGGGUUACCAUUCAGAGCGGGUACCAGUCCAGUUUCCAGAUAUUUCGCUGGUGUUGGUAGUGAAGCGGGAAAAACAAACAUUGUGGCGUAUGAGGAGAUUUCCCGGCCGUGUGUACCGUGUAUCAAUCCAUGUGAUUGGUACCAGUGUAAUCAGUCAUGCUCCAUGGAGGAAAGCUCCAUUACAUUCACACUCACCAACCUGGCUCUGCCGAAGCUGGAAGUCCUAAACACCACAAGGAACGACACAAAUAAUACUUCAUCUGCUACUGGGGAGGAUGGCUUACCCUCUCCUUUCUUCCUGACAGUUAAGUGUGUCCUAGGGAACGGACAAGAGGCGUCUUCAUCUUCGAACGGUUUCUACAUUGACGAUACACCAGCAAAGCUUGAUGUCUUAUUCUACGUGGAUAUCAAUCGCAACGCGUAUGAACCAACAGAGUUCCAGUCUUCAAAUUCAACAAUCAAGGUCUUGUGGAGUUUCAUUGACAUGCAAAGUCAAGUUAAGGAACAUUAUUGGGCCAUUGGAACGUCAAGAGGUGCUGUGGACUUACAAGACUUUGUCAAUGUUGGAUUGAACCAGACAGCUUACAAUAGCAACUUGGAAGGACAACUACAACACAAUACAUCAUACUACGUGACUGUCAAGUGCAUCAAUGGAGCUGGAUUGGAGACUGUGGUAGAAUCUGAUGGUGUAACGGUCCUCUUUGAGAAACCCUCGGUGGAUGAUGUCAACACCACCUCCAUGUUUAGUCAGAAGUUUGAAGAGGAAGUUUAUCCACCUGACGUGCAGAAGAAUGACGACCCAACAAAGACAGGAACCUCCUGGUCCAAACCUGAAGAUGAGUCCAUCGAUCGAUAUGAGUACUGUGUCAGCAGCACAGCAGAGAGAUUGGAUGACAUCGUCCCCUGUAUGGUGGUAGGCACCAACGCAUCCGGUUCGGUGGCUAUAAAAGAUAAGAUGAUUAUUGUUACGGCUGAUGACAGAGAGGAGGUGUACAACCUCACUGACUUCCAAGCUAAUCGAGAAGACAGCAAUGAGAUAACAAGCCAGCAAGAUGCCAAAUUUAACAUGGAACCUGGAAAAUGUCUGUACUCUUGGAUGAAGAUGUGUAAUUCUGCACUACUCUGUCAAACACUGCCAGCAGGAACGACCACUGUUUUAGGAGAGAAUGACGUAAUGAUGACGUCAUCAAAGGGUACGGAUCUCGUUCUUGUGUCUCCACAGAGUUUGAGAAGACGUCAACGAAGGGCACUGGACAAUCGUUUCGAGUUCUCUAUUUCUACAACCGGUGGUCUCCAGCAGGGUGGCUCAAUAAUUAUUGGUCUGCUGGAUGGGAAUAAAACCAAUGAGGAUUUUACAUCUGACGCUAAUCCGGAUUAUGUAUCCUACAUCAGUAAUCCCCUGGACACCAUACAGAAGACAUCAAGGCGUCUUAGAAAAAGGAUACGGUUUGUGUAUGAGCCUCUCUUUUACGUGACCAGCCUGGGGCAGAUCGAGCUCCAGGGUCCAAUGAUCAUCAACCUAACUCUCAACACACCAGGAAAUUGGACAGAGGCAAAACCCAGACUCAUUUUUUGGGACAGUGAUAAUUCUGAGUGGCGAGAUGUCGCUAAAACAUGCAGUGAUGUGGAUCGGCUGACGUACAACGAGGGAGACAGUCUGCUCAGUGUUGAGGUUUGUGCAACUAGGGGAAGGACCCCAGCAGCAGGGGGUCGUCAACGACGCGCUACAGAGGAACCUUCUUUCUUCAGCCACGAGACGGAGUUUGCAUUGGCAGAUGUCCUCAAUACCAUCCCAAACGACCCGCCAGAAAUCACAAAUCCCGUGGGCAUCUUCACAAUGGAUGAAGACAAAGGCACACUGGAAUACUCUUUUGAGGCUUCAGACCCUGACGAUGAUGUCUUGGUUUUUGAGCUGGGUCUUGAUAAAGAGACGACACUAGGUUCAGCAACCAUCACUGAGGAUGGUGUCUUCUCUUUUACACCGUGUCCUGACUGCAAUGGCGAAUUCACUUUCCAACUCAUUUUGAGAGAGAUACAGACCUUGGUUGAGAUCGAACCUCUGACUACUGUUGUUGAUGUCUCAAUGGAGGUCAACCCAGUCAAUGACAAUCCAUACUCUUAUGUUGCUCUGAAGGAAGACGUGGCUGGUAAUGGACGGCACACAACGCUAAUAGUCGAGCAGAACACAGGAGCCAACAUUGCCUACAAAGACCUGGUGGUCAUGAUUGGUGCCUAUGACGUUGACAUCAAUGAUAACUUGACGCUUCUUAUUCAACCACCAACCUAUGGUGUCCUUACCAUGAGAGAUGAGGUUAGAUCAAUCCCGCUGAGGCAGAACUGUAGUCAACUUUCUCGUAAUAUCACAAGUCAAGAGAAUGUACUUCCGUGUGGGUUGGAGACACCUCAAGAACCGGAGAAGAUGAGUUGGGUAUCAUCUACGUUUAGCUACGCCCCUAAUCACAACUUCCAUGGAAAGGAUAUUGUCCUAGUCUUGAGUGAGGAUAAAUCAGGCGCGGUGUCUCAACUACUGACGAUAGAGAUUGCAGUCUUGAUAAAUCCUUGCAUCAAUGGGGGAGUUUGCGGAGGACCUGCUGAUGAUCCAGACUGCACUUCCCCAGAUCGCAGUUCUAGUUUUGAUUCUUAUUUCUGCAUCUGUGAAUCGGGAUGGGUUGGUGACUUCUGUGAAAUUGACUAUGACGAAUGCACAUCUGCACCAUGUGAAUUCCCAUUUGUCUGCUACGAUCUCUUCAAUGGAUUUGAAUGUGCAUGCCCACUAUUCGACCCAAUGUGUGCGGAGAAUGACUCGAGAGUCAAGAUUGUGAUUGGCGUUACCUGCACUGUGUUUGGAUUGUUUCUGGUUGCUCUGGUUAUUUUCGUCUUGUACAAGAAGCGCUAUGUUAAAACAUACGACAUGAAUCCCUACACAGAUAAUGCAGAGCAAGUUGCACGGAUACGGGCGGAAUGUUACACAUUCCGAAAACUUGAUUCUGCUGAUGAUUUCCAAGAAAGGCCAUCGUCUGUUCCUUCGGCCGUUUUAACAAGCACCACCCAGUCAGAAACAGAACAAGAUACACUCUUGGUUGCUGAGGAAGUCCCCGUAAAUGAUAUUUCAAUUUCCGAAGAACCUCACGCCAUGUCCACUGCAGGACUUUCGUCAGAGAGCCCCAUCGAAGCUGGGAAAGGGGUUGAGACCACGGUUCCAAAAGGUGACAUGAGUCCUGGAGAUCGAGCCAUUGUCCAGACGAACAGUGAGAUGAAUAAUGCUCCAGUAAGCUCUGCAAGACUGAAAGAAAUUCUUGAGGUCAAUGACACGGCGGAGUGGUCCAGGUUCUCGACAGAUGGUCCAAGUUCAUCAGACGAGGAGACGGCUCAGACUCCGAUUCAGCUUUCUGGAUAUCUGGUCAGCACUCAACACGAUGAGCUGACUCCUGAAAUCCUUGAAGAAACGAAGCUGUAGAAUGGUUCAUCUUAAGAUAACUCAUGGUCAUAGGUCAACGUCAGGAUAUUGUUCACACAUAUUAAAUCAUUGAAGUAAAACACAACAAGAUAUUUGUUAUAGUGUGAGCCUUAAAUAAAAACAGUAAACAAAAAUAGCAACAAUUGGGUCCAAUUUGGAGUGCCUUUGGGAUGAGUACGUUCAGAUGCAUAAACAAAAUAAAUUGAUUAUCACAAUAAAUUUAAACAAAUUUGUAACAAACGUUAUUUUGGUGUUAAAAUUUUGACAUUUUAAACUUAAUACCACGAAAAAGAUGGAUUGCUAGUUUCCUAUCAAUAUUUUUUGUAAAAUAAAACAAGCUUUGUAUUUUAAUAAUUG